GCAUGUGUUUAUUUAAGUGCAUCUCUGCAGAAAUCAGCUCAGUCUGAAACCUUCCCUGAAUUCACUGGUUUGUGCUACUGCUCUUCUGAGAAGGUUCACAUGCUUGAAUGAAGUAUGUGCAUGUGCAGGAAAAAACCACAAAUCCAGCUGUGAGAAAGGGUUGAAGGGUAUUUCUCUGAGAGGUGAUCCAGAUAAUGAUUUAAGGAAGGGAGAAGCAAAGGAAAUGGGCUUCUGGGCAUGUCAGUCCAUGCGGGAUAAGAGAAUUGCUUUGUUCAGUGUCACUCAUGAGUCUCCAAUUUAACUGAAAAAUAAAAUCUAAUCUUAGGGCACCACUCUACUACUAUUGCCUGAGGGAUUUCUGUACAUAAGAGGACAGUAUGAAGCAAAUUAAAAACAAACAAAAAACCCUAAUUGCUUUUCCUCUGCGCUGAGAGCAGGCAUGCCAAGGCUUUCACCUAGCACCUUUUUCCCUUUUGGUUUCUAACUAAAUGGGUUCCUCCAUACUAGAGAACGGUUUGGAAGAUUUAGGUGGUCAAGGGCAUGUUAUUUAGAGAAGGAAUUGAGACUUCUCAGUUAAAAGGGGAAAAAAAUAGAAUGGGGAGAUCUUUUCUCAUUUGGAUUCAAUCACUUGUCAAGUUGUGGUUAUGCUGGGUAUUAACUCAGUCUUCACUUCUGCAGUUAAGCAAAAGCGGAGCAAAUGAAACUCAUCAUCACUUGCUUAAUGUUAUUUCCCAGUUCCAGAAAUUGUUACUUCCAAUCAUCCUCUUUUCUCCUUGAUUGGCUGUCACUCAUCGCAUCAAGCCAUUUGCUAGCAGAACCACCCUUGUAUCCAGAUGUGUCUGUGCCUGGUGAUGGUCUUAAAGCAGCACACCUGUCAGCACAACAACCUCCAGCUGACAGCCAAGACGCAAGGCAGGCUGCCCCAGUGAAGUCUUGCCCCUUCCAACUCUGCAGCACUAGACGAAGUGUCGAACGCCUCAGACCACCCCGCGGUGGGCAGCUUCCCUUAUGCCACGACCGCGCGGCCAUAAGCACUCGCAGCACAGCAUCCCCGCCCGCAGCGCAUCCUUGCAGCCCGGGCGCCCGACCCCGCUAAGAUGGCGGUCCCUGACCCCCACGCUUCCUCUUCCGGCCGAGGUUGCCAUGGCGCUGCCCCCCCUCGGCCCACCCUCAGCCGCCGCCGUGUGUGUUUACAUCGGGCGGGAGGAGCCGGAGCGCUGGGGGAGACGGGGACGCAGCCGGCGACUACGGCCGCCCGCCCUCCAUCCCCUGCGGGCGGUGCGCGGGGAGACGCGGCAUGAAGGGACCUAGCAUAGAAACACAGAUGGUGGAAGAUGAAACUGAGACGACAAGUGAAGAACUGCCCCCUCAUCUGCGGGAAGAGCCUCCCGAAGCUUCUGCUCUGUGUUGGAGCCUGGGGGAUGCUCCUGGAACAGCCUCCCACCCCUCCCAGGGCCAGGUCCUUCGUCCCUGCUCCCUGCUGCUGCGGAAUGUAAGGACCGUGAGAGUGGCUGCAGAGCAGGUGCAGGCAGCAUAUGCCAGCAAGGACCAUCCGCAGCAGCAGGCGGGGGUGAUCUGGAGAGUGACGGGUGGCCUGUUCAGUAUCACCCGGGGAGCGGUGGGGGCCACGCUGGGAGGAGUCGCCUGGGUGGGCAGCAAGAGCCUGGAGCUCACCAAGACGGCUGUGACCAGCGUCCCCGCUGCUGGCGUUGGACUGGUGAAGGGCAGCGUCUCGGCCGUGACCGGCGGCGUCGGAGCUGUGGGCAGCGCGGUCGCCGGCAAAGUCCCUUUCACCGCAAAGAAGAAGGACAAGGCUGACUAAUCCGCAUCGCAGCUCCUUUCCGAAAGGUCGACCUGCCCAUUCUCUUCCCCACACAGCACCUCUUUGAGUUGGAACCAGUCGCUUCAGGGAGGGUCAAGCACCCGAGCAGACUCUGGCUGCAGCCUGCUCAGCACCGCCUGCCUGGCUCAGGGCUCCCAGAGCCUCUGUCUAUGCCUUUCACUCUCAUCACCUACUGGGAACCAUCUCUGCUCUGAGGACUUCAAAGGCACAGUUGUCUCUGUCGUGUGGUUUCCUUCCUCCCUUCUUCCUCUUGUAAGCAAAGAGGAGCGGGAGAGGCUCCAUCUGCCUGGAGCUGGGAACAAGGGGACAGGGGAGAAUUAGGCCUGGCUUGAGGUACUGGUUGUGUAGUUGAAUUCAGCUUCAUCAGGGAAGAUGGCCUUUGAAAUAGCACUCCCCUCAGCCCUGGGAGGUGUGCUUGGGGGGUCUGUGUGGGGGAGAACAGUGGAAGAAAGUCCCACUGACACAAAGAAGAGAUACGGUGAAGAAGGGAAAGCCUCCCUCCUGCCCUGCAUCUCUUACAUUUUCUUUGCAGGGCCCACCUACAAGCUGUUCCCAAUUACUUGCUCCCUGGCUGAGUUGUACCCUUCAGAGAAGGAACCUUCAAUCUCAACAGAGCAGCUCCAGUUGUGAUGCCACACAAGAGUAUCAUAUGUCCCAGGCCAUCAACUUCUGCAUGGAUUUCCUUGGUGGAAGGCAGGAGGAUGAAAUCUGCUGUAUGUUCCCAGUGGGGGAAAUUGCUGCCAGUGGCAUCUGCCAGGCAUCUGUGAUGUUACAGCGCAUGUAGUGGAUGCCCCACUGGUGAGAGAGGAGAGGUGCCCUUACCACAGAGACACAAACAAGCCCUUGGGUUUGACCCUUGAAGUCCUUCCAGUAUCCCUGUCUGCUAAAGGGGCACUCUGGCUCUAGGCCAUGCUCACUCCACAGAUGUCACUGGUAACCACAAACAAGCGUGUUCCCAAAUGCCGCCCAAGUUCUGUUCCAGGGAGGGAGGAGAGGCUGAGAGCCUUUCUUUCCUGUGGCCCAGCACCCCGGGAGCAGUGCCUGGCUAGGAGUGGGAUGCACUGCUUUGGGGAACGUGUCCCUAAGGGGCUCCAGCCCGUCUCCUCUGAACCACCGUAUUGCACUAAAAGCCCUCCCAAACUCUCAGUGCCGCAGAAACCCAGACACCUGCAUCCAUCUGGGAGUGAUAGCCAUCCUCAAUCUGGCCCGUGAUGCUCGGGGGUCGGUGACAUCGUGCACUCACACACACUCACACAUGUGCACACGCUCACACUCCACGGUCCCCUGCGAUUCUCGGGAUGAGGAAAGCCGCAGGUUCCAACGUUAACUCUGCCUUCCCUGGCUUUGGCAGGUUAGUAGCCUAGGUUGUUAGCUGUUGGAUGCAUAGGCAAGUGAAGCAGUGUUUGUGCUGUGUUUUAUAGAUAUGCAUAUGUGUUAGCGUGUGUGUACGUAGCAACCCACAGGCAUGUUUUCAGCCAGGUGAGCAAAACUGUGCCACUGCCGUGGAGGAGUUCACAUCGUCAUCUUUGGCACUUCUGGCAUGUAGGUUUGUAUAGGGUCCUUGUCACAAUAAUCACGGUUUAGAGGAAGAUGUCCUCUCUGUGGCCCAGCAGCUUAGUUUACUGAAACCAAAGGAAUGUGAACAAUCUCCUUUCUCCUUUCUAUGCCAUUUGUUUACUUUCUGCCCUAUCUUUGGACGUCGAAGCCAACUUCCUUGGUUUUCAUUUCCUGUGCAGGCUCAUUGCAUUUCCUGGCUGCCUAGGCCUCAAACAUCAGGGAAUAUUUAAGUACAAGUUGUCCCCUCCCCAUCCUGCCUGAAUGUUCUUGGGCUUGUGGAGCUGGUUUAAUUCUGACCUUUAUUCAGUCCACAUUUUGGGCCUGCCAUAAGGUGCUGUGUCCCCAUGCUCGUUGUGCUGCUGUUAGUCUCUCCCUGUGCCCUUUGCUGGGCAGUGAACCUGCCGUUUGCAGUGGGAAGAGCUUCCUGAUCUCUGCACUGUUUUACUUUGGAUAGCAUGGGAGUGGUUUAACCUACAUCUUUGUUUCUAAAGAGGAAACAGCAUUCAGUAUGAGUGUGCAUUUCCUCUCCUUGUCUCCUUUGUUCUUGUGAAGACCAAGUUGACCCAGAUGUGUUGGUUCUGUCUCUGACGGCAGCAGCUUCACAGAAAGAUCAGGUCUUUUGCACCCGCACUUUGCUGGGAUGCUCGUGGCAGUGAGCAAGGCCAGAAGAAACCUUUUCUGUUCUUCCUUUGUAGUGAAUGCCCUGCAAAGCGGGAGGGCAGUUUGCAUUGCAUGGAUCUCUGCUCACCGCUCUCCCUCAGUGUGUCUCAUUUCUUAUUCCAAAUCGCAGACUGCUUCUAAAUCCAUCUCUAGCCCCAAAGCUAAAAGCUGCUUGUGCAUAACUAGCUGUGCUGUCACCAGCCCUCUUGGAAAGACAGUUUCUUACCCACUGGGAUUCCUCCUCACUACCUCUCCAAGGCUUUAGGCAGGAGAAGAUGCCAUGAAAGAGCUUCACAUCACAAGCCACCUCUGGGCAGAUGAUGGGAAGCUCAUCAUGCUCUGGUGGCCAGUAUCCCACACGGGCCUAUUCUUCUGGGGGAGGCAUUAGGUCCUUCUCAAGCUAUUGUCUGCAGGCAUGGAAAAUGUGAUAAAGGUGCACUGAGAAAGGCCGGAGGGGACCUAAGGGUUUCCCAUCUUUGCAGUUCUGCUCUUUGAUGAGUCCCUGCAGUAAAUGGAGUGAAGUUCCGCAUUUGUCCCCAUUUGAGGGAUGGCCUAGAAAAGGGGAGGAGAGAUUUGAGUGGAACUCCCAGCCUGAACUGCUGUCCAUUGGGCCCAGCUAACAGAGAGCUCAUGCACCAUAAUUAGCAAAAAAGGGAAAACUAGCAGCUGGGGACAGAAGAUUAAAUCUACUGAAAAAACAGGGCCUUCUGCUGCUUAAUGAGCGUUCAGGAAUACAUAAACACACAGGGCUCAGAGGAGGGCCCGUGGAGGUACAGCUGUUGGUGUGCUAGGCCUGCUUGCUUGAUCCGGGUGACCCAGCCCUGAGCUGGUCUUCUGGGCUUUCUCUGUGCCAGAGCAGAAGGAAACAGUGUUGGUAUCCAUGGCUGUAAGCACAAAGGUACCUCCUGACAGCAUCGGUGGCACAAUGGUGGGAUCAGAUUGGGACGGGAAAGCUGCUGGACACUGCUUUUUUCCUGCCCUCCUACAGAGACUUCAGCCAGCCCAGAGCCCACCCAAGCCACUUCUCACACAGCCCCUUUGAGGAAGAGGCUAAGAACUACAUUUUGCUUAGAUCCCAUUGAUACCAGCUGGGAGAACUUGGUACAAGGCGGACAGGAUGUAGAGAGCUCAUGAAAGGAAGAUGAGGAUCCUGGUGUUAGGAGAGGAAGAGUGGGAGAGCAAGAAAAGGAGGAGCACAGAGGGAAUUUGUUUCUUAGGACAGGCUCUGAAUCAGAGGAUGAACGUAAGAGAGUUUGCCCUAGGGAAGAGUGUGGAAGAAUAUGAGUUUUGGGGUGUGGUGUUGUUCCGUUCCUGGCUGGGGCUUUGCUUCCACAGCAGUGGUGAUGGUGAGGUUGUUACCAUUUGGCUGGAUCGAUGUACCCAACAGAGGGUCCAGGCACCAGGUCAGCCCCCCCUUCACUCCCAGAUCCCCCCUAGGCUUUUGCCGGAAUCUCCCCACUGUAGGUCCAGACUGUUCUACACACAGCUCGGUGCCCCACCACAGCUGGGUGUUCCCCUGCCCAAGGGGCUUACUCUGGCUCAGAGGAGAGCCCAUGGGCACUUGCUUUCCUCCCUUUUCCCUUACUCAUCCUGUUAGCGUUCACCUUUUUUUUUUCCCUCCCUUUGCUUUUUGUCUUGCCCUUGGUGCAAAGCUCUCCAAAGCUCCCCUAGAGACCUGCAUUACACAUCCACACUCACGUUGGCUGGGAGGGCAGAGAGGGUGACUGCUCGCGUGGCUGCCCUGGCUGGGAGAGGAGUGCAUGUCUUCCACCCCUCUCUGUCCGCUUGUGUUCGUGUCUGGAAAAUCUUAACCCACUUCUUUCCCUCUGGGUUCUCUUGUUGGCUCUUGUUCCUGUGGGUGGGUCAUUCCUGUGUCUCCAUUGCAAAGUCAUCCUCCUGAAAAUAACAGCACGAGCAUAAAAGUGGAGAUGGAUGGAGAGAGCCGCAGAGCUGCCAGGAUGGGUGUUGGGCCCAUCUCUGCUCCUCCAGGAGCCAAGGAGCCCUCUGCUAACCCGGCACCGUUGCUGCGGCCGCACGGUCCCAUGCAUGGCACCAGGCUCUAGAGGACACUUUUGUUCUUUAUCAUUUCAUUGUCUGUAAUUGGUUUCCUACUGAAUUUGUUUGCUUGGUUUGUUUUGCAGUGUGUUUCUGGGAAUAUUCUGCAUCUCUGUAUUUUAAUUACAGUAAAAUUUGAGGAUAAAAAUC